AUGCCAGAAGAGGAGUCAUGCGGAUUGUAUGGAGCUUUUGCUUACACUGUCAGAGCCAUCUGGAACAGCCAGCACAUGCAUGAUCAUCCCGCGGAGCUCCCGAAGCCCUUACGCUCCGCGCAGCCCGCGGAGCCCGCGGAGCGUGAACGGCGAGCACAGGUACGCUGCAAUGUGGUGCCCCUUGCAGGGAAGCGAGAGAAGGACGGCGGCCAGGACGAUGCUUCGAAGAUCCUUGGAGAUGUCUGGGCGAAAGAACAAAUGGAACGGGAACGUGAAAAAGCGCGCUUGAAACGAGCUGAGCGUGACUCUGCCACCAAGGAAAGGGAGCAGCAGAGGAAAGACUUUCGAGAGCAGAAGCGCGAGGAGGAUGCUAUGGCGAUCGCGCAGUCUGUGGAUGACAGCGCACGCCGUGCAGCCCGAGAGAGCAAAGGCGACUCUCUGAAGAUUUCUGCACAGACUGAGGCGGAGCAGCAAGCCGAAGCCGCCCAAGCCCAAGCGGCCGCAGUUGCUGCGGCGGCGCAGAGCAUCGAGCGGAAACGCCGGAAGCCGCAGGCUACGCCACCUCCAGCGGUAGAGGAAGGGCAGAUCCGCAAACUCUUCGAAUUGCUGGAUGGCAAGAGCAAGGGGGAGGUCUCACAGCGUGAUGUGUUGGUGGCCUUGAAAAAGCACCAUCCGAUUCGUCAACUUUUUGGUCUGGUGGGGUCUGGGGAGGCGGCAGCGUUACAGCAGCGAGUCGAAAAGAUCCAAGAAGCCUUUGAAUCGGGGUCAGGUUUGGGCGAGGUGGCACCACUCUUCAACUCGCUGAAGGAGGCGAGUGGGAACAACGGCAGCUUUGACUUCAGCGCCUUGUUAUCAGCGUGCCAGCGACAGCUUCAAUGCAAUGUGCUGGCUGCUGUGGAGAGUUUGCCACGAGAACACGCUCAAAUUGAAGCCUUUACCCCCACGAAAAAAUGGAGCGUCGUGCCCCAAGGCCCCUUUUUGACAGGGGCGGAUUUUGGAGGUGAAAAGAUGUGCCACUUGUGCCAUGGGGAAAGGUAUCUUAAAUCAUCUUAA